GUUCGCCGGAGCAAACGAACAAUCAUCGGAACAUCCUAAACACAUUCUGAAUUGAAGAUACAGGAAAUAUGUCAGAUCCGGCCGUCGAAGAUUUAAUAGUGGCGGCGACGGAGAAGAAGAUUGAAAGAUCAACGCACCACACUAAGGGAUCGUUUAUGGAGGAGAAUGAGGAGAAACAUUCUGUUUCCAGAAGGCGCCAUCUCUUUGGUCGUCAGAAACCUCUUCACGCUGCUCUCGGUUCUGGCAAAACUGCUGAUAUAUUACUUUGGCGGCACAAGCAGAUGUCAGGGGCCAUUCUUGUUUCUGCAACUGUAAUAUGGCUUCUCUUUGAGUGGAUAGGCUACCAUCUUCUUCCAUUUUUAUGUCACUUUUUAAUACUUACUUUGGCGAUAUUGUUCCUGUGGUCCAAUCUGUCUUCCUUUGUUAACAAGUCUCCUCCAAACUUCCCUGACAUUAGAUUGUCCCAAGAACUGUGUGAUAGUAUUGCUCUCAUUCUGAAAGAUCAAAUCAAUCAGGCCUGCCUAUUCUUGAGGGAAAUGACUUCAGGAAAGGAUCUAAAGAGAUUUAUGAGUGUGAUUUUCACCCUGUGGGUGGUCUCAGUUAUCGGUGGCUGGUUUGAGUUGUUGACCCUUCUGUAUAUCUUAUUUGUGCUGCUGCUGACGGCACCAUUGUUGUAUGAGAGGAAUGAAGAUCUGGUGGAUGCUUAUGGUGAAAAGGCAGGCAAUGAAAUCAUGGGGGUUCUCCAAAAACUUCCGCUGCCUUUUUUCAAGAACACUAAGCAGCACUGA